AUGGCCCAAGCACAACCUGGUCUCCGACCUCUUGAGAAGUUGGGUCUCGUCUUUCAUGUGCUCUGGGCUCUCGGGCUACCGCACGCUAUCCGCCGAGGCAUCCCGUUGAGAUUCUGGCUCCUGGCCGCAACCUACCGCAUCGUUCUGGGCUGCUUCCAGCCACGUGAGAUCCAAUUCCUCGCCACUCCGACCCUGCAAGUUUACUCGGCCUGGCUCGCAAAGCAAGAAGCCAAAGAGUCCAAGAACGCCAACGCCGCCGCCCUCGGCCGACUGCACCAGGACGUCGAGCCCCUCGGCGCCGGGGCCGAUACCAACCAUGUCGCAGCCGGCGGCGGCAGCGGAAGCAUCAUGUGGCUCGGCAACCGCAAGAAAGCCUCCAAGUUCGUACUCUUCUUCCACGGCGGUGGAUACGUCGCCCCGCUGGCCUCGGGCCACCUCACCUGGUGCUGGGAAUGCUACGUCAACGGCAAGCCCGGCGAUACCAACGGGGAUGAGGUCGCCGUCGCGGUCCUGCAGUACACCCUCUGCCCGGGUGCCACUUACCCGACGCAGCUGCAGCAGGCCGUGGCGGCUGUCAAUCACCUCCUGCGAUCCGGCAUCACGCCAGAGAACCUCAUCAUCGGCGGCGACUCGGCCGGUGGGAACCUCACAGCCCAGGUGCUCUGCCACCUCCUCCGUCCCCACCCCGACGUCGAGCCUGUUCGGCUCAGUGGCCCUCUUGCCGGCACGUUCUUGGUCUCACCAUUCCUCUCGCUUCGGACCGAUGCCGUUUCCUUUCGAAACAAUCACCGCGUCGAUAUGCUCUCAGCGGCCAUCGUCGCCAAGGGUGGCGACUACCUCUUUGCCGACGACCACACGGCGAAGCAAGCCACGAACCCGCACGAACCGCUGGCGCUAGAUGGCGACAUGGAGUGGUUCGGGGAGAUUCACAACAUCAGCAAGUCAGUAUACGUGACGGCCGGCGCGCAGGAGGUGUUCUGUGACGAUGCGCGGAUCUUUGCGGAGGCAGUUAGGAGACGGAAUCCCGGGUUGGACGUCCAGCUGGAGGUAGCGGCGACCGAGGUCCACGAUGGAAUUUUGAUCGAAUCCGAGUGCGAAGUGAUCGGGGACGCGUCUCUGAAGAUGAGGAGUUGGGCAUCAAAGUGUCUUUCUUGA